AUGAAACCUUUCCGAACUUGGAGCCGAUGCCUAAGCUCUUUCAAAAGUACAACCACUCUUAAGAAGCCCAUCCUCGAUGUUAAAGGCAUAAUUGCUCAGAGCGAGGAUAUGAAGCAUGUCCUUCGGCGUCGUGGUCUUUCUCAUGCCGAUCUCGAAUUCAUCCUAGACAAUCGAGACAAGGAGAGGGAAUUACAACGAGAAAGAGACCAGUUAGUAAAGGAAAGAAAGCAGGGAGGAUCUAGACUAGCUGAGCUCAAGUCUAGGGGGGCAACUGAAGCGGAAAUAGCAGAGUUGCAAAAGAGCCUUGGUUCUUUGAAACCUACCAUCGCACUGCUUGAAGGUCGCCUUUCACAGCUAUCUGAACUCAUACAUAAGCAUACAGAAUCAUUGCCUAAUUGGUUAGAUGGUUCCGUUCCUAGUGACCCUGACGUGCCAGAAGUUCACUCAAUAAUCAAUGAAGCAUCCGAAGAAUCUAUAAUCUCCCUGUUACCUGUCACACUGAUGGACCAUAAGGCUAUUGCAGAAAAGCUUAACAUAGUGAACUUCACCGUUGCUUCUAGAAUCUCAGGAUCCUCUUGGUAUUAUCUUGUCGGAGAUGGAGCUCUUUUGGAACAAGCCUUGGUUCAAUAUGCCUUAUCAAAAGCGAGACAGUCUGGUUAUACGAUGGUCAUUCCACCCAGUAUUGUCAAAAAUGAGAUUACGCAUGCCUGUGGAUUUAAACCAAGAGAUCAGAAUGAUGAAAAGCAGGUCUACGAGCUAGAAGGAGAGUCUCUAUCUCUUACUGGCACUGCAGAAAUCCCGAUGGGUGCUCUCCAUUCCUCCUCGACAAUGCUGGAAGAUCAACUUCCAGCUAAGUAUGUUGGUGUAUCACGCUCCUACAGAGCAGAAGCUGGAGCAAACGGUAAAGAUACUACUGGUCUCUAUCGAGUGCAUGAGUUCACCAAGGUAGAGCUCUUUCACUUUACAACACCCGACAAGUCUGUUUCUGAACUAGAAGAAUUGCGUGAGUUUCAGACGUCAAUAAUCAAGGACUUAGGUAUCAAAGCGAAAAUGUUGAACAUGCCUACUACUGAUUUGGGUGCCCCUGCGGUAAAGAAGUACGAUUGCGAAGCAUGGAUGCCGGGAAGAGGAGGAUGGGGUGAACUCACCAGUAGUUCGAACUGUACUGACUACCAAAGCCGGCGACUUGGUAUUCGCUAUAAGACAAAGGAAGGGUUUUCUCAUAUACACACACUCAACGGGACGGCCAUGGCUGUUCCAAGGAUGAUCGUUGCCAUCCUUGAACAAAACUACGAUUCUGAACUGAAUGCGGUUGUCAUACCUGAUGUACUCAGACCAUACAUGGAUGGCAAAAAGGUCAUUACACAAAAUUAG